GUUUUAAAUUAGGACGGCAAAGGCUUAAUGGAUUAGGCAUCUACAAAUGGCAGGCUACCUCCACAAACAGCCACGUAAAAACUGACAUAACUACAAAUCUUCAGCCGACUGAUUGAUUUUGGUCAAAGCGAAUUUCACCGUUAAUUUACACCUCGUCAAGACAAGAUCAGUGAUGAUCUUUCAUAUCCCAAUUUACUAUAUAUGGUCUCCUCUACCAUAGUCUAAACCCUGCAGGAAAGUUAGUUGACAGUUAAAAAGUUACUCCUGCAGUUUCAAAAUUUGCCCCCAAACGAAGUCAAAAUGCGUGAGAUUCUCCACAUUCAGGGAGGGCAAUGUGGGAACCAAAUUGGAUCAAAGUUUUGGGAAGUUGUAUGUGAUGAACAUGGGAUUGAUCCAACAGGAAGUUACACUGGAAAUUCUGAUCUCCAGUUAGAGAGGGUGAACGUUUAUUACAACGAAGCAAGUUGCGGCCGGUACGUGCCCCGGGCCGUUCUCAUGGAUCUUGAACCGGGCACUAUGGACAGCAUUAAGACUGGUCCCUACGGACAGAUUUUCAGGCCGGAUAACUUUGUUUUUGGCCAGUCCGGUGCCGGAAAUAAUUGGGCUAAGGGGCAUUACACUGAGGGUGCCGAGCUUAUUGAUUCUGUUCUUGAUGUUGUUAGGAAGGAAACUGAGAAUUGUGACUGCUUGCAAGGAUUUCAAGUCUGUCAUUCUCUUGGAGGUGGAACUGGAUCGGGUAUGGGGACUCUUCUGAUUUCGAAGAUUAGGGAAGAGUAUCCAGAUCGAAUGAUGCUCACAUUCUCUGUAUUCCCAUCUCCAAAGGUAUCGGACACCGUCGUGGAAUCGGCAAUGUUUAGAGGCAAAAUGAGCACGAAAGAGGUCGAUGAACAGAUACUAAACGUUCAGAACAAAAGUUCAUCAUACUUUGUGGAAUGGAUACCAAACAAUGUUAAAUCCAGUGUCUGUGACAUACCACCAAAAGGGCUCUCGAUGGCUUCAACCUUCAUCGGGAAUUCGACUUCAAUACAGGAAAUGUUUAGGAGAGUGAGUGAACAGUUCAAUUCAAUGUUUAGGAGAAAGGCAUUCUUGCACUGGUACACAGGGGAAGGAAUGGAUGAAAUGGAGUUUACUGAAGCGGAAAGCAAUAUGAAUGAUCUUGUUGCAGAGUAUCAGCAGUAUCAAGAUGUAGCAGCCGAUGAUUAUGAAGAUGAUGAUGGAGAAGAAAACUGAAGGUGUUCGAAUUUGCUGCUACAUAUGUUUCUAGCAGCAAUUCAUCUUUAAGACCAUGUUUGACAAAAUAAGUAACUUAAGAGUAAAUUUGAUUUACUUUUAAGUUUAACCAAACAUGUUAUAGUAAUAUACGUCUUACUGCAAUCCUGCAAUCUACCUACCGUACUAUUUCAUCAACAUUUUACGAUUGUUAUAUCUGAAUUUUCAUACUGUUACUCGUCUAUGAAUCUCCAUUUCCAUACUCAAACACGUUCAUUAAAGAAAAUUAUUGGGUCAGCCCAACCCACGAAAAUAUAUGAAUGAAUUAACUGGGCUCAGGAGGCCCAAAAAA